GGGGAGGAGAGAGCGCGGAGGAGGCGCGCGAAGGCUGAACUCCCAGGCUGUCCGACCGAAAGCCCGGGCCGUGGGGGGCGCGGGCGCGGGCGGUCCGAGCGCAGGUCCGGGGGCAAGCGUGCCCCUGUCCGCAGCCGCCCGCGAUGAGCGAGGCGAGCCGGGUGUGCUCGGGCUACUACAGCCUCAACCACAGCUUCGUGGAGCCCUUCGAGUGCCCCCGGAGCGGCGAGGGGGCCGCCCUGCUCUACUGCUGCGGCUUCGCCGACCUCAAGUACUGCUGCAGCGAGCCGGGCAGCUACUUCCCCUACAAGCACAGCUAUAUGUGGAGCCUCAGCAUCGGUGCCCUGGUUGGACUGGGAACUGCUGCCCUUGUUCUGCUUGCCUUUGUCGUCAGCGUCUGUGUCCUCUGCUACUUAUUUCUGUCUACAAAGCCUCGAAAGUUAGACACUGGCCUUAAACUUCAGCACCUCGAGGCUUCUUCCACUCACGAAGGUAAUCCGCAUCCAUUAUUUGCAGCCAACUUCCUGCACUCUGUUCAAGAGAAUCACCUGUCCCUGGGUGACACACCAUCCGGCAACCCAAACAGGAAAACCAAAGCCCCCAAUUCAAACGCAGCAUCAAAUUCAACAAUUGAAACAUCCGAUGAAGCUGAUGAUACAAUUCAAGAUCCAAAAAUGGAUACAACACAAAUCAAAACUGUAUAUUAUUAAAAAGCCUGUGUUGCAAAAGCUCACUGGAGAGAUGGAGCAAUACAAAUAAAGAAUGCAUGUCAAA